AUGCCACCCUCAGACUCCCAAAAACGACUGGCGCUCUCAAUCAUUGACUUCCUGUCGGCCUCUCUCAAAGAUGGCACCCUCACCUCUGACGAUGCGGACAACAUUGAGGUCGCCACGAAUUGUAUCGCUGAAGCGUUCAAGGUCGACCCAAAUGACAAAUCAGCCAUAUCUGAAGCAGUCGGAUCUCAAUCCCUGCUCAGCAUCUUUUCCGUCUAUGAGAAAUUGAAGGGAACCGGUGCCUCCAGCGGAACAUCGGCUCCCAAACCCUCAACAACGUCUGCGAUUAAUCCCGAGGCCGACAAACUCAAGAGUGCCGGAAAUGCUGCAAUGCAGCAGAAAGAUUACAAGACUGCCAUUGCCAAAUACACCGAGGCCAUCAAGUAUGCUCCUACGAACCCCAUCUAUCUGUCCAACCGCGCGGCCGCAUAUUCGGCGCUUGGCGAUCACACGUCGGCAGUGCAGGAUGCCGAGCUAGCCGUUGCGGCCGAUCCAAAAUAUACCAAGGCGUGGUCAAGGUUAGGUCUGGCGCGGUUUGCCCUGGGUGACGCGAAAGGGAGCGUGGAAGCAUACGAGAAAGGGAUCGAGUUUGAAGGUAAUGGUGGAAGUGAGGCCAUGAGGAAAGGACUCGAGACUGCCAAGAAGGAGCUGGCUAGAAUGGAAGCCGAAGAGGACAAGAUCCCCGAGGACGAAGUCGACGACGCUCCAGGCAACACCCGAGGCGGAGGUGGGAUGCCUGAUCUCUCAGGACUGGCAAGUAUGCUUGGUGGAGGUGGCGCCGGGGGAGGCGGCGGCAUGCCCGAUCUCUCCAGCAUCAUGAACAACCCCAUGUUUGCAUCCAUGGCGCAGAAUCUGAUGCGGAACCCCGAUGCCUUGAGUGGUAUCAUGAACAACCCUACGAUUCAAAACAUGAUGCAAGGCCGGCGAGAGGGUGGCGGCGGUGGCAUGCCAGACAUGAGUUCCAUCCAACAGAUGAUGCAGGACCCUAACAUUGCCAAUCUGUGA